UUUUGGAGGGGAACGAAACCCAUGAGUUGAUUGGAAAGCUGGCGACGAGUGUUACACACAAUUUUGUACACUAGAUGACGGUAUACACAAAAACACCGUUUGCAAUCCGUCAUUAUGUGAAGGAAGAAGAAGAAGAGGAAAAAUGCGAAGAAGAAAAAGAGGAAAAACAAGAAGAAGACUACUGCACAUGCGCACAGAGCCCAGAUGCAUGACGAGCAGAAAAUGAAUCAACAGUUUCAGAGUCAGAGUGGUUUAGCUCCUCAAAUGGUUGGUUAUUAACAAAAGACGCAUCUGAUCAAGCCAUAUAAGUUUUGGUUUUCCGCUGACCUCAGCAGGUUUUCCACUGGCUGUUGUCUCUAUGGAGAGUGACGAAGACCCCGAAUGGUCACAACUUCAUCAUUGCAGUCAGUGACGACAUGGAAGAACCUUCGAGGAGUGAUGCACACUGUGAAGACUUCCAGCAAGAGCCACAGCCCACCCACGUUAAAGAAGAAGAGGAGGCUACACAGCCCCCCAACAUUAAAGAGGAAGAGGAGGAGACUGAUGUCAGCAAGUUGCUUCUCACUCGUGUCUUUGUGAAAAACGAAGACCAAGACCAGGAACCAGAGUCAUCACAGUUUCGUGGUCACAGUCCAAAUGGAGUCCGCUGCGGAGGACCACUGUCUGACAGUGAGGGAACAGAAGAACCUUUGAGGAACAACAUAGACUGUGGAAUGGAUGAAAGACCAACCAGCUGUUCAACUCUCACCAUGGAAUAUUCACAAAUGCAUAAAAUCCGUGUUACGUGCUCAGUUUGUAGUAAAACAUUUGCUACAAAACAAACUUUGAGAACACACAAGAGAAGACACACGGGAGAAAAACCCUUUAGUUGCCAAGUUUGCAAGAAAGCAUUCUCUCAGAAAGGAAGUAUACAAUUGCACAUGAAAACACACACAGGAGAAAAACCUUUCAGUUGCUCCGUUUGUGGCAAAUCAUUCUCUCACAAAGAAAAUUUGGUAACACAUAGGAGAAAACACACGGGGGAAAAACCCUUUCCCUGCCCAGAUUGCGGGAAAACGUUCACUCGCAAAGUACACGUGACGAAAAUACACACGGGAGCAAUACCUUUCAGUUGCUCAAUUUGUGGAGAAAGCUAUGGUCGCCGGGCCAGUUUGACUGAACACAUGCGCAAACACAACGCCCAGAGCAAAUGAGGGUUUUCUUGUUGGGACAUGGACAAAAAAACGAUAAGUGGGUACGUCACAGAAGAUUGAGACAUGGAUGACAUUCAACAAAUUCAAAUUAUUCCCGUGAUCUUGUUCUUCAAAGGAAAACUUAACGCUUAAAGUACACAAAAGCAGUGCACAAAAAUAAAUAUAUUGCUUGGUCUGUUUGACAUGUUCUUGAUUCUUUGC